CCCCGCAGCCAUGUUGGCUCCGAGGGGAAGUGGCGGCCGAGGCCCCGCUAAGAUGGAGGGGCGCAGCCCGCGGGGGGUGUAGGGGGGUUUCCCCCUAGCCCGGGCCACCUGGGGCCCAUGGAGCAGCUGUAGGGUUUGUACCAUAAACAGCUCAUCACUGCCACAAUGACAUCUUCAAGCUCUGCCCAGCAUCCAGCAGCUGAGAACGCCUGCAGAAUCACCCUUGGACAAGCUAACCAGGUGCGACCCAAACUCCCUCUUUUGAAGAUUCUGCAGGCUGCAGGUGCCCAAGGUGAAACCUUCACCCUGAAGGAGGUUAUGCAUUACCUAGGACAGUAUAUCAUGGUGAGGCAGCUGUAUGACAAAAGGCAGCAACACAUGGUGUAUUGUGGAGGAGAUCAGCUGGGAGAACUGCUGGGGCUGGAGAGCUUCUCCGUAAAAGAUCCAAGCCCAGUCUAUGACAUGUUGAAACGGAACCUUACUUCUGCUGCCAUGACAGAUGCUGCACAGAAUCUCGCAAAGGAUCAGAGCGUCGAUAAGCCAAGCCAAGACCAGCUGAAGUUUAGCCCAAAGGAAGGUUCUGACACUGUCAUCAUGGAGGAUGAAAGCAAUGCAUCUGCUGUGUCUACCUCAGAGCACAAAUGUGAGAAUUAUGAAGACAAAGACUUAAUAGAAAACCUCUCUAAAAGCAAGAAGCCUAAACUGGACCUAGUGUUUGAGGAAUGGGAUGUAGCUGGUCUUCCAUGGUGGUUUUUAGGCAACCUCAGAAGCAAUUACAAGUCCAGAAGUAAUGGAUCAACAGAUAUUCAGACUAACCAGGAUGUAGACACUGCCAUUGUUUCAGAUACUACUGAUGAUUUGUGGUUCCUCAACGAAAGUCCCUUGGAUCAGACCAACACUGCAGUCAAAAUGGAAACAGCUGACUGCGAGGAAGUGAAGGAAGGUGACAAAAAGGUGACUGAGGAUGCAUGUUUGCAUGACUUUGAGGAUUCCCAGUGUUUAAGCGACGACACAGAUACAGAAGCUGCUUCUGAGGACUGCUGGCAAUGCACCAAAUGCAAGAAGUUUAACUCUCCAGGCAAACGGUACUGUUACCGCUGCUGGGCCUUGCGGAAGGACUGGUACUCAGAUUGUCCCAAACUCACUCAUUCUCUUUCUCUGUCCAACAUUAAUGCUAUGCAAAAUGAAAACAGUGAUGAAGGGAUCGAUGUCCCGGAUUGCCGAAGGACUGUUUCUGCUCCUGUUGGCCCACCUAAAGACUUGUGUGUGGUAGAAAACAAAUCACACGUAGAUCCCUGCGGCUCUAUUGAGUCCUUGGAUUUGGCACAAGAAUGUGAAAGCAGGGACUCUGUGCUGCGUUUCACUGAGCGUAAAAAGGAGGAAGAAAUACAGUCUUUAGAGAGUAUAAAAAAGUUACUGAAUCCUUGCUUCCUGUGCCAUCACAGACCGCGAGAUGGGAAUAUUGUCCAUGGCAGGACUGCUCACCUUGUGGCCUGUUUCAAGUGUGCGAAGAUGCUGAAGAAAAAGAGAUCACCUUGCCCAGUGUGCAGGAAGGACAUUGAGAUGGUGAUUAGAAUCUUUAUGGGGUAGUUGUGCCUCUUCAGGCCUUCUCUGCUGAAGGAUAGCACACACAUUUUCUUGCACUCUACACAAACCCUAACUUCAGAGCUCGGAGCAUGAAUACCAAAGACAAUCAAGAUUCCAAACUGACCAAGAACACAGAAGUCAACCCUGUGUGUCGUAUCAAGCAGUGACAUUUCUGCUGUGUGCUUAAAUGAAUGCCUGUUGGGAGUGGGGAGGGACCAGAGUGUUGGUAUCGAUGCCCUAGCUUUGAAAUUAUCCAAAUCUUUUAAAUUGAGUUCAGUAGUUUCAGAAGGCUUCUCUGUUCUGAUAACUGAUCCUUGCAGAAAGCAAGUUUUGGAGAGAGUUAUGACUUUGGCUGUUGGAGUGUUCUCCAGGAAGUCAGAUGCUGUGCAAUGUCUUGUAAGGGGAGAGUGUG